AUGGCGAACCAAACACCCGCCGUUGUCAUGGACAACGGUACUGGCUACUCCAAGCUUGGUUUCGCCGGUAACGACUCCCCCUCGUUCGUGUUUCCAACCGCAAUUGCAACGAAGGCCGGUGCUGGAAGCGCUGCAAGCUCCGGCGCCCGCCCACCAGUCGCGAACAAGCCCUCGUUCCUAGGUAGUGGAAGUGGGGCUAGCUCCAACCUCUCUGCUAAGCGUGGCACGGAGGACCUGGAUUUCUUUAUCGGUGAUGAAGCUCUCGCUGCGGGUGCUGGCCCAGGAUAUGGUGUCAACUACCCUAUUCGCCAUGGACAGGUUGAGAACUGGGACCACAUGGAGCGAUUCUGGUCAAACUCGAUCUUCAAGUACUUGCGAGUCGAGCCUGAGGACCACUAUUUCCUACUCACCGAACCUCCCCUGAACCCUCCCGAGAACCGUGAAAACACCGCCGAGAUCAUGUUCGAGUCGUUCAAUUGCGCCGGUCUCUACAUCGCCGUUCAAGCCGUUCUUGCUCUUGCCGCGUCAUGGACAUCCUCCAAGGUGACAGACCGGUCCCUUACCGGAACUGUUAUCGACUCCGGUGAUGGUGUCACCCACGUUAUCCCUGUCGCUGAGGGCUACGUCAUCGGGUCCUCCAUCAAGAGUAUUCCUGUUGCCGGUCGAGACAUUACAUACUUCGUGCAGAGCUUGCUUCGUGACCGUGGCGAGCCAGACAGCAGCUUGAAGACAGCAGAGAAGGUCAAGGAGGAGUACUGUUAUGUCAGCCCCGAUAUCGUCAAGGAAUUCGCCCGCUACGACCGCGAGCCAGACCGCUUCCUGAAGCACACCGUCACUGCUCCCAACGGGCGGAGCGUCAACAUCGACAUUGGCUACGAACGUUUCCUCGCCCCGGAGAUCUUCUUCAACCCCGAAAUCUACUCGUCCGACUUCCUCACCCCGCUCCCCAAUGUCGUUGACGGCGUCAUUCAAUCCUCGCCCAUUGACGUCCGGAGAGGUCUUUAUAAGAACAUUGUCCUGUCUGGUGGUUCCACUCUGUAUAAGGACUUUGGCCGCCGUCUGCAGCGUGAUAUCCGCCAUCUGGUGGAUGCACGAAUUCGCGCCUCCGAGGCUCGCAGCGGCGGCGCACGCAGUGGUGGUCUUGAUGUUGCCGUUGUGACGCAUAAGCGCCAGCGCCACGGCCCCUGGUUCGGAGGUAGUCUGCUGGGCCAGACUCCUGAGUUCCGGAGCUACUGCCACACCAAGGCGGAGUACGACGAGAUUGGUCCCAGCAUUGUGCGGAGGUUCGCACUGCUUGGUGGCCCUGGAAGCUCGUAG